AUAGUGUGUGUCAUUGUAUAUGUAGAGACGUCGGUGUCGGUAGAGUGAUGUGGAACUUUGCAACGGUGAAAAUAUGACGAAAAUAAAGCCGUUUACAUAUGUCUCGUUUCUGCGUGCCGCGACAAUUCUCUGCGUAAUACCGCAAUGCCUAGCCGCCCUGUCGGACAAACAAUUAUGUUACGACCCCAAUUGUUCGGAACCCAUUUCGUUGGCCAGGACCACACUCGCUUACAGAACGAACGAUCGUGAGGUGAUGUCAUUUGGUAGCAACGCAGAUGUAAAAGUUUUUAGUAAAGGCGCUGGCAAACGGACUGAUUUAUGGGGUGUCGAGAUAAAUGGCAAGCGUGGAUUUGCACCCAAAUCAUUCCUAAACGAAUAUAAAAUUCUGAGACCUGAUUUGUCAUACGAAGUGCCUGUUUAUAAGUUUAAUGGUGAAGCUAACAAAGUUCAGCCUAAGAAACUCGAGUCGACAGUGGAAGAGAGUGGCGAAUCGCAUACUUUGUUGAAAGAUGAUUUAUCUGGGGAUGAUAAUAAGACUCCGUCAUUGAAAUCUAUAGAUGAAAGUACCACAGAAGAAUCUCAUGCAAUCAAUGUAGAUAGCAUAUCACCUUCUUACGAAGUGAUAGAUGGUACUACAGUUUAUUUUGAGAGUACUCCAUCUGUGCAACCUAGCUUUGUACAUAAAGUUACGCACGCUACUGCAUUGCCGUAUGAAAAAGCUUCAGUGGCUCCUGAUUUUGAAAUAGAUCACGAAAGAUCAUCAUCCGACAAGAAUACACUCAUUGACGACAAAGAAUUACAACCGGAUGCGAGUGACGCCAGUGGUAAAUUAGAAGGCAUUCAAUUGUCGACAGAUACUCAGAAACCAACUAGCUCCGACGUACCAUUAGAGAAUCCAGAAGCAAUAAUCAGUUCAACCUUAGAGACAGUGAGCAAAGAUGACAUUGCCGAGCUCGAUGGAAGUAGUAAGUCCGAGGAAGAUUUGUUAAAAAAUGGAGAACAUACGAAAGAGUUGGACAGCAGUGCAAAAGACAACGAGAAAGAGAAAGUUAUCGAACAAGUCGAAAGCGACGGUAUAUUUGCCUCCAUUACGAAAACAUUUAAAAUUUUAUCCAACUCGGAAGAAACUGUGGCAACAGAGAGCACCACUACUCAAAGCAGCGAUGACAUAGUUGCUCCUGAAAUUGUUGUUGACAGCAAUUUGCAAUUAGAGGAACAAGUUUCAGAAGAUAUUGGAGUUGAGGAUGCCGAAAAAAUUCUUUCACCUCAAAUAAAGUUGGAUUCAAGUAUAGACCAAAGUAUUAUAGAUAAAGAAAAAGUAGAAACGCAGCAAGAAAUUAUACACGAGACCAUUGAAGGUGCAAAAAUCUCAGAUGAAAAUAUAAAAGAAGCUCCCACGAUUAUUUUGGAACAUACUACAUCUAGUGACGUGCCUUUACACAAUAAUUUUGUACAUGAAAAUGCUGAUGAACCUGCCAAAGAAUUGCCAACAACACCUCCGAUUUCAGCGGACGAUAAUUUCGCUUCUGUAAAAGCCGAUGUUGAAAAUAUUCAAAUACAGGAAACAACAAGUGAGGCAGAGAAAGUUAAGGAAGAUGUAAGGGCCGACGGUGCAAUUAUUUCUGAUAAAGAAGACUCAACAAUCUUGUCUAAUUUGCAAGAGACUAUAGUCACAAAAACCGCUACUCGAAGCAGCGACGAUAAAGAGCGGAAAUUACCAGGAAGCGGUGAAGCAUAUCUAGAAAGUUCAAAGGAAGAUAAUAAAGAAACAAUUGGCCAAGCUGAUAAAACUGUAAUUGCUGAAAUUUUAGAAACCAGUAGCUUACCGUCUGAAACAACAGAAAAUAUUACAACAGAAUCAAUUCCUGAGAGUCAUUCUGUUGAAAAUAUAGCAAUUGCAGAAGAGGCAUUAAAUCAUAGCGCUGCAGAUAUUCAAUUUAAUAAAGAAUCAAUUGUACAUAGUAAUGUAAAUAAAAAUGAUAAUUUAGUCAAUGAUACUAGCUCUGACAAUGUUCCUAUAGAAUCUAACGAAUUCUCGAACAGUGCGAAAUCUAACGUUCUCGGGCCAGAGCAAUCUAUGGAUUCUAGUCAAGAGAGUAUUAUCUCGGAACAAACAAUGACUUUAAACGAUAUUCUCAAGAAACGAGAUUUAUCGAGUAUUAAAGAAAAUUUGAAACACGAAGAUAUCGAAAGUCAGCCUGUGAAGGAGGAAGAAACCUUACCUGAAUAUGGUGAUCACACAAGCAGUGAGGAUAAUUUGCCUGAAAAUAAAGAUGAGGAUAAUAGCUUGGAGAAGCCGGAAUCUACAUCUGUAUCAGGCGAAAUGGAGGUAACUACAGAUAAAAUUUGUAUGGAUGAUCACGAAUGCAUAACCGAGACAACAGCUGAGUUUCUGAACCAAAUGGGAGACCUUGAAAAUGAAGAGGAUAAUUCGAUUGAUAUAUCAAAAUUGGUGGAUCAUAAUUAUUGGAAGACACUGAUAUAUCUGUGUGUAACAGCCUUUACAACACUUGUAUUCACUCUUGGAUAUUACUACAUUGAGAAAACAAGAAGAGACGGACAACUCAUCGCGAGGAUUAAUCAACUCGAGAAAGAAUUAUUAAUCUCAACAAAAGAAUGCGAAGUACUCAGUGAGAAUCUAAAAUCUACUAAGACUAAGUUGCAUUGCAUAGAAGAUGAAUCAUUUGGUUCUAACGAAAUGGUUGUAUCGCUAAAAGCUGAUUUAGAAAUGGCACAGAACGCGAAGAUGGAGUUGGAAGAACAAGUGAGUAUGUUGGAGAAAGAUUUGGAAAAUGCAACGGAAGCUGGAUUAGAACUCGAGCGUAUGUUAAGAGAAGUUCUGUCGUCGAACAAUGAAGUUAAUCCGAUAGCUCAAUCGGUGGAAGAUCUACAGGCACGAUUAGACGCUCAACAAGCGGCGAACGAAUCCUUGACGAAUGCAUUAAAUCUUAAGGCUCAAGAGAUUGAUACUUUAUCAGCAGAUCUUGCCUCUGCUAAGAAGAAGUGUGAAGAACUUGAAAUAGAAUAUUUGCGAACACAGGAUGAACUGAUGACUCAGAAAAAUCGUAAAAGUAAUAUAGAACAAACGCUGACAGAUAAAGUAUGUAGUUUGGAAGAGCAAGUAGAAGAACUGUCUACUGAGAAGUCGUCAUUAUAUAAAGAAUUGAGAGGCAAAGAGAUAGAGGUGAAAGAACUAUUGGAAAUUAUCAGUCAAGUCAAGUCAAACAACUUAGACUUGGAAAAGUUAUAUGACGUAUCUCACAUUAAAAUUGAGGUAGUACAACUGCGCGAGGAGAGAGAUGAAUUAAAGAUGCGAUUAAGCGAUGUUGACGGCGCUCAUCAGUUACUAGAAGAGCAUAUGAAGCUUGUUAAAGAAGAAAUAAUUGCACUAAGCGAGCAGUGUAAAAUUGCUGAAAAAGAAAAGAAAGAUGCAGAAACACGACUUGAGGUUUUAUCAAAGUUCUUCCAAGACAAGGAAACCGAACGCCAGAAGGAAGAGGCCAUUUGGUUGCAAAAACAAGGAGAAGUUGUAUCGACGGUCGAAAGGCUACAUACGAUGCAAAAUGAAAUUCAAAAUUACAAGCAACAAAUGGAGAUGUUGAAACGGGAGAUCGUGGAUCAAGAGAGGGAAUACAAAAAUCAAAUAUCCGCUCUAGAAACGAAAGCACAUGAGCAAUGGGUUGCUGCCCGUCAAAAUGAGCGCCGUUUGGAAGAAUCGAAAGCCGAGGCCGGCCAAUUACGUAAUCGCCUUACACUGGUAGAGAAAAAUUUAAAUGACACCGAUCCCGAAGCAAAGCUACAUCGCCUGGAAGCAAACGGGGAAACGGCGACUUCCCCGCAACUGUUCGCAGACUCGUCCAGUUCACCCGUAAUGUUUAGCGGUUCCUCGGGAGUCCCGCCACCCCCGCCACCCUCCUAUCUACACUGUUUCCCGGCGUAUCUGCCGCCGUUGCCGCACGCCGCUGCUUCCGGUCUACCUCCGUACGAUAUCAGUCAACGUCCUCCGCCACUCGGCGGCAGAUUGUCGUCACCUCCGCCGUUGUUACCGCCGCCGGCGUUACAUCGCCCCCCGGUCUCCGGGGGCAGGUACGAGAACGCCGGUUCCCCACCACCACCUAUGUCUCCGCCGCAUUUACUUCCACCGUUCGAUCACCAUAGAUCGCCACCGCUUCCUCUGUACGGUGGUGAUCAUAUCCCGCCCCUUCCUCCACCCGGCUCGAUAUUGCCCGGAAUAUGGGGUGAAGACUUACUGCCGCACCCGCGUAACUCUGGUUUUCAUCCUCAUCAACGAGAGCAACGUGCGCGCAAUCAUAAAGGUUCCUUACAUUCUUCAGGCGAAUCACUGGAUAAGGCGCAUCAUGGGAAAGUCUAAGUUUUGUAUCUUGUUAUUCAAUUACACUUGUACAAAGGCCAAAUCAUCACUGUAUCAGUGAGCGUUCUCAUUGUAUAACAAUUAUAAAUAAAUAUGUGAUGAUGAAAAUUUUACGUCAAAUAUUAAUAGAAGAAACGUAUUUAUACAUAUAAGGACUCAUUAAACAGUGUCAUCUGUCUUUAAUGCUGUUAUUAUAUCUGUGAUUGUUAUAUAAUAGACUUUUUUUCUAUUGCUUUCGUUAAUCGAAAGCGAUGUAGGAGCUAUCUUUUUAUCAUGAGUUAUCUGUCAAAUUAGUAAUUUUUUUAUUUUACAAAACAUGUAUAACAAGUUAUUUGUAACAAUUGAUAAAAAUAUUUUUAUAUAUCUUGAUUGUAUUAUGAAAACGAAAGAAGCAUUGCAUAUUCGUAAUUAAGUUAUACAUUUCUGAUAACAUGCAUAUUUUAGGUAUCAAAUGUUCAACUCGGAAUAGAUAAGAUAUUGUAAUAAAGUUCUCAUAAUCGAUGUAGAAUACAAAAGAUAAUUGUUAUAUGAUUUUAAAAAUUUAAAUAAAUUGUAAUUUAUUAUGA